AUGUGGGCUCCUGCCACACUCGGAGCAAGAGAUGCCACCACCAUCCCUCUUACGACAAGCACCGCAACUUUGAGGAAGUCGUCCUCCCAAAGGGCAUGCCCCAAUCUGAUGAAGAGUCACUCAGUUUUGAGUGCAUGUCAAAAGAAGGGGCUGUGGAAUUUGGCGCUCGUCAAGUUGCAGCAUCUCCUAGAAGUCGGGUGGGUGGACGACAUUAGCUAUGGCAUGACUAUGAAGGCAUGCAGUAUAGCAGCGCAGUGGGCAACUGCACUGCAACUCCUCUAUUCGUUGAACUCCAGAAAGCCGGGCUCCAGCAACAUCAUCUUCACCACAUGCAUAUCUUCGCUAGAUGGUAGCACUUUCUGGAAUGCAGCGUUGCACUUGCUUUCUCUCAUGCGCCAUUGUGGUAUGGUGCCAGGCGUUGUUUGCUCCAACGUCGUCCUGAGCGUGUGUCAAACGUCGUGGAAGAUGGCUUGCCGAUUGAUGAGCUCCGUGUUCAAUUCAGCAAUGCGUCUAGACAUGUACUCCUACAGCUCUACGAUGACAUCUUGUUCUUGGCGGAGGUCUUUCAGCCUGCUUGGCCGGAUGGGGCUGUCUGGGGUUCGGCCUGAUGUGGUCUGCUACUCUUCCGCACUUUCCUCGUUCGAGUCCACCGACUCCGACUGGCAGCAUGCAGGCAGCGCUCUGUCGAUGAUGUUUUUGCGGCGGGUCGCAAUCAACGAAGUUUGCGGCAAUGCGGCCAUAAAGGCUUUGGAUCCACAGUGGAGGGUGGCCCUUGAGAUGUCAGCGUCAGCUUUCACCGGUCUCAAACUGGCGAAGGGCGUGGCCAGCCUGAUUUCAGAGCGUCAUGAUGGCAUGUGGCCGGGCUGUCUUGCACUGCUGGAGAUGCAUGGAAACAGGGACGUCUUUAGCAUCGGCGCAGCCAUGACGGAGCUGCAGAUGCAGCAAGAGUGGCACUUGGCACUCGACCUGUUGCAGCAGGCGUUCUUUCGAAGCGUACAAGCAGACGGCUAUGUUCACAGCCUCGCUGUUGUCACUGCUUCAACCCGAACAUGGGAGCUCGGGGUUGCCCUUGCAAAGUCAGAGUGCUACGUGACAGCCGUGACAGUGGCAGAUGCCAGCCGUUCGUUGAGCACACUCCUGGCGGCAUGUGGUGAACAACUUGCCUGGCAAGCGGCAUUGACCCUGAUGGCCGAUGCCAAACGGCGGCGACUCAAUGAGAUAGCUUUCUGCGCAGGCAUUUCAGUUCUGGCUCGGGUGUCGUGGUCUUGCGCCUUGCAGCUUCUCCUGGAAAUGGAAGAGGAAUCUGUAGGCGCAGACGCAGCUUGCUUCAAUGCUGCCAUCAGUGCCUGCGGCUCGUCGGCAAGUCACCUGGUUCUACACCUUCUAGACGACAUGGACGCCAAGCGGCUCCGCCGCGACGUGAUCGGUUCCAGUGCAGCCAUGAGCAGCCUUUCCCAAGCAAGCCUUUGGGAGCAGAGUCUUGGCGUCCUGAAUUCAAUGGCUUUGACCAAAAUCGAAAGCAACUCCAUUGCCUUCAAUGCGUGCUCAAGCGAGCACCACCACUGGCAAAGAGCCGUUUUGUGCCUGAAGAACAUGGAAGAAGCAAGAGUGCCGGUGACCGAUGUUAGCAUCAGCACCGCCAUCGCCGCCUGCGAACGGUCAAUGGAGCACGAUGUAGGGUUAGCACUUCUCUGGCACUCCGAGGAUGCUGGGAUCUCACUCCCGAUCGUCACUUUUCUGGGGGCCCUCAGCAGGAUCGUGGUAGAGGACGCAGAGGUGAUCCAUGCUGCUGUGAGGGAGGCCGCAAGUGGUCUGGAGGUCACGCACUUGUGUCUAUGGCGUCUCUGGCGCUCAAUGGCACUACUUGGGGCCUUCAGUGAGCACUUCCAGGAGAAGCUGCUUGAACACACGCUGCAGGAAAUGCAUGGCUACGGCACAGCUGAUCUUCUGGAAGUGGCUUGGGGGGCAGCAGCCUUCGUGUCGCAGCCGGGUCAUCAGAUGCUCUGGGAAGUUCAACGCCAGCUUUGGCAGCAGCUGCGGACCGGCCCUGGACCGCCGCCAGAGCCGCGCUGGAUGCAAGACGUCCUGGGCAUCCUUCGAGCCUCGAGUUUGCGACACGUCCUCUCCAUGCGGACGCUCACCGCCGCCAGCGCCGCGCUGCGCCGCGCCGGGCGCCAGCGCGACCGGGUGCGAGGCCCCUGGACCGGAAAGAUGGCGAUUUCCAAGCGAAAGGAGAGUGGAAAGGAGCCCGAGAUGUAUCCGGCUGUGGAGCUUGAGCUUGAAGACCGCUUGGUGGUGUCGAAGCCAGUAGACUGGGAGGUCUACGACGGAAGCACCGAGCACCAGCUUUCGGACUUCCUGAAGGAGGCGUUUGCAUACAAUGCACCCAUCCUAUCAGACCCAGCCUUCGGCUGCGGAUUCCUUCAUCGCUUGGACGUGCCAAGUUCCGGACUCCUCUUGCUGGCGAAGGGAUACGAGGCCUUCCUCCACCUCUCCGUGCAGCUCUCUUCCAAUCGGCUCCUGAGAGACUACAUUGGCCUGGCGCACGGUUGGCAGCGAUCGCGGGACAUCCAGGCCCAGCUUUACUGGAGGACGGCGCCAACGACCCGAGCAGGCGGUCGUGGGAAACCAUCCUGGACCAAGGUCAAGUGCGUUGAGCACGGAUCCGUGUUGCACACAUCGGUCAGCGUUUUGGCGAUUGAAAUCAUAACGGGUCGGCAGCAUCAGAUCCGCAGCCACAGUGCGCACAUCGGUCAUCCACUACUUAGAGAUGGCAAGUAUUCGAGCACAGCGACCUACACUUCCGACAUGGUUAUUUCUCGUCACAACUGCUUGCAUCGGCAUCGCCUCGUGUUCUAUGACAUUGCAGGGAGACGGCACAUCGUCACUUCUCCACUGAAUUCAGAGCUGGCGUCCAUUCUGGAGCAGCUCGUGGGCAAGGCCGAGGCUUCGCGAGGAAUCACUGAAUUGGCAGCUCCGUCUGACCGUUCUUGA